AUGUCCUGCUACACCCUGUCCUGCUACAUCCUGUCCUGCUACAUCAUGUCCUACUACACCCUGUCCUGCUACAUCCUGUCCUGCUACAUCCUGUCCUGCUACACCCUGUCCUGCUACAUCCUGUCCUGCUACAUCAUGUCCUGCUACAUCCUGUCCUGCUACACCCUGUCCUGCUAUAUCCUGUCCUACUACAUCCUGUCCUGCUACAUCAUGUCCUGCUACAUCAUGUCCUGCUACACCCUGUCCUGCUACACCCUGUCCUGCUACAUCCUGUCCUGCUACAUCCUGUCCUGCUACACCCUGUCCUGCUACAUCCUGUCCUACUACAUCAUGUCCUGCUACACCCUGUCCUGCUACAUCCUGUCCUGCUACACUCUGUCCUGCUACACACUGUCCUACUACAUCAUGUCCUGCUACAUUCUGUCCUGCUACACCCUGUCCUGCUACACCCUGUCCUGCUACACCCUGUCCUGCUACAUCCU